AUGAGCUCAAGUAGUAACCGCCAAUGUGCAGCUUGCAAGCAGUUGAGAAGGAGGUGUACCUCCAAUUGCAUAUUUUUGCCAUAUUUUCCUCCCACGGAUCCUCAAAGAUUUUCUUUCGUUCAUAGAAUCUUUGGUGCUAGCAACGUUGCCAAGAUGCUCCAGAAAGUGGAAGAGCAUGAGCGAGGUGAUGUUGCAGAAUCCUUGUACUACGAGGCGCAUUGUCGGAUUCAAGAUCCGGUUUAUGGUUGUGUUGGAAUAAUCACCCUUUUACAUGAACAAAUUUAUGAUUUUCAAUGCCAAUUGGCCAAGGUUGAAGCUGAGAUUCAAGUUGUGAAAGCACAACAACUAGGGUCUAAGAAUGCUUGGGUGAAAUGA